AUGUGGCUCUACCUGGCUGCCCUGGUGGGGCUUUACCUCCUUCGACGAUGGUACCGGGAGAGACAGAUGGUGGAGAACCUGACAGCGAAAUACGCCUUCAUCACGGGGUGUGACUCUGGCUUUGGGAACCAGCUGGCCAGGCAGCUGGAUGCCCGGGGUCUGCGGGUGUUGGCCGUGUGUCUCAUUCCGGAAGGGGCGGAACAGCUGGAAAAAGUCACAUCGGACCGGUUAAAAACCACCCUGCUGGAUGUCACCAGCACUGAGAGUGUUGCAGCAGGAACUGAGUGGGUGAAAACAUGUGUGGGGAACAAAG